GGCGUUCGAAACAGUAGACGAUAGUAAGAUCGCAACGCGUGGGUAGGCAGUAGGAAGAGGCUAGGGCGACCGGCGAGUGCAGUGUGCAGUGCGUGCGGACCGUGUAUUGCUGAAAGCUCGCGCUGCGAAGCCUCCGAGAGCGGCGGCAUCGCGCGAGCGCCCGCUUCGCGUCAGUGCCGGCCCGGCCGUGCCAUAGGCAUCACGUUUCCCAUACCACUGGCUAUUUGCUGCUGGACAGUGCCACUCUCAUAUACAACGACUUCGAAUUUUUAUAACGAACACUAACCACCACGGAAGUGGACGCGAGCUUACUACUGAAAAGUGUGAACGACGGCAAAUGGAUCAGAGGCGCGCGGCGGCGGCGCUGUUUGCGCUAGCCGCGUGCUUUGCGUGCGCAACAGCAGCACCUACUGCAAGCAACCAGACGGCGCUAGAUAUCUUUGAAGCUCCAGUCGAGGGAUGCUACUAUAACUUCCAGCACUAUGGCGAAGGCGACCGCAUCAUGACCAACGAGCCAUGCCUUAACUGCACGUGUCACAACCGAAUGCUGAUGUGUUAUUUGAGGGUUUGUCCAUUCACGAAACCCAUUGGACAGGACUGUACCGUGGAGAAACGCGCGGAUCAAUGCUGCCCCAUUGUCACAUGUCCAGAUGUUCCAGUAGAUCUACUGACAUCCACAUCCACCUCAUCUCCAGCAGAAUACGGAGCAACUGGAUUAGGCAAAAUGGACAAAUAUGGCUGCAGUAUUAACGGAAAAUACUUCCCUGAAGGGUCCAAAGUUCCACCAACACCGAACAAGCCAUGUGAACAUUGCUACUGCAUUCAUAACAUGACAACGUGUGUUAUGCAAGAAUGUACUUUGCACGUAGAUGGUUGCACACCAAUAUAUCACAAGGAUGUCUGCUGUCCCAUUCGUUACUCGUGUGAUCAUGCCGAAGAUGAGAUACCUCUUCUGGAUGACAUGACGACAACAGUAAGACCAACACCUGGAUUUUUAUUAACAACAACAACUAUGAUGCCAGUUACACAAGCUUCACAAGAUUGUGUUCACGAUGAUAAAAUAUUUUCUGAUGGAGCUCUUAUAAAGACUGAAAAAGCUUGUGAACAUUGUUAUUGUAUGAAAGGCGAUAUAGUCUGUGUAGUUCAAGAAUGCGGUACACCUAUGGAAAACGAAGGCAAAAAUUGUACAUCGCUACCUCCUAAACAAGGCCAGUGCUGUCCAGAUACAUAUAUAUGUGAAGGAGACGAACUAUCUACCGCGCAAUUUAAUGAUGAAACUACUACCUUGACACCUCCAAGAAGAUUUGGGGUUGAAGGAAGUGGAUAUAGAAAUGAGCCAGACGAGUCUUACACUGAGACGUCAUCGAUUGGUGAUACUGAAAUAGAAGGAAGUGGCGAAGAUUUCUUGACAACUAUACCGGGCUUGCAUUCUGAUACACCUCCAGUAACAAGCCAUAACGUAUAUCCAUAUUCUACAGAAAUUAAUGCAGUUUCUUCAGAAGUAACAACACAGAGCGAUAUUGUAGACGAAAACAAAGUAUUGCCAACGGAAUCAUCAGAUUUUAUUACUUCAACCAAUACAAAUGACUCAAAGGGAGAUAAAGAUGAUGAGAAGGAUUUGAAUGUGAUGACAACAGUAGCACCUUCAGACCAGCCUAUGUACACUACGUCUGUUGAAGAUAAUUUGAAACAAAAACAAGACACCACCUCAAAUGAUAUAUCUACAACUAAAACCUUAGAUCAAUAUACUACAUUAGAGCCUAAUGUUACACCAAAAUUAAAUGAAGUAUUAACUGAAAUAACUACUAAACAAAGUUUACUAGACGAUGUAGAUAAUAUGACUCCAAUAGACGAGGAAUUUAUUAUUGCUACAAAAUUACCCGAAAAGACUGAUAAUAUUGAAAAUAGUUUCGAAGAAACUCUUACUACUUUCAAGCCUAUGCAUAGCGAGGAAUCCAUUACUGAACAAGGAAGUAGUGAGACAACGCCAAAAGAAAUGACGUUUACUGAACAACCAACAUAUUCUUCUGUUACAACAAGUAGUCAGGAAACUACUACAAUAAACGUACAAGAAAAUGAAAUCUUAGAAGAGACUUUACCAGCUAGAAUACCGGGUGAAGGAGACUGCUUGCUUGGCGGUGUAACAUUUAAGAAUAAUACUUCAGUUCCAAGUACGAAUAAAUGUCAUAUAAGUUGUAAAUGUGUUAGUAGUAUUAUCAAAUGUGAUCCUAUAAUAUGUACUCCACCUCUAGAAUAUAUGGAAAAUAUGAACGAUUGUCAGCCUAUUUAUGACUCGCCUGACUCGUGCUGUCCAACAUAUGUUUGCAAUACUAAAGAAACUAUUGCCCCAGAAUCACAUAGCCAAAUGUCUGGUACGGAAAGUCCAAAGCCUACUGAAUGCGUUGGUGAUGUAUGUCAAAAUACAGAACCAUCCGUUUUGCCACAAAAUGACAUAAAUAACUGUAGAAAUGGAAACUGUGACUCUAAGAAGGAACAAAUCCCAGUAUCUGAAACCCAACAAUGUGACGAAACAACUGGCUGUCAAGUACCAGUAAUCAAACCAUGUGAAGGUGAAAACUGUAUUACAAAUCCUGUUGUCCCGACUGAUACCCAAGAUAACUUGGAAACGAAUAACAAGCCUUGCAAUAAUGAAAAUGAAUGUCAAGUACCAGUUAUAACACCAUGCAUGGGUGAUGAUUGUAUAACAGGUUCCAAAUUACCCAAUAAUAAAGAAACGGAUGUUCUAGAUAAGGAAACUAAAGAUGAAGAAAUUAUUUGUAAGGAUGAAAAUUGCCGGCGAAAGGAAUAUGAUGAAACUAAAGCCAACGUACCAUGUUCCGGCACAGAUUGUAAACAACAGGAUACAGUUUCUCCUAGUGUUGUUAAUGAUGUAAGUUCAUCCGAACCUGGUCCACCUAUUUCAACAUCAAAACCAAACCAAGCAAAGCAGCCGGAAGAUUUUACAUUAUCUGAACCUCAAAGUACAUUAGAGCCAUUUGUAGAGACCACGGUCCCAAGUAUAACAACUUCUUCUGAAAUUAAACAAACGGUUGAAACUAUUCGUGAAGAAAGUACAACUCAAAAUUAUUUAGUCGAUGAUAGCUUAAUAAGUCAUCAACCCGAUAGUCAUUCAGAAGCUGUUAAGCCUUCUACGGAACCAUCUGUUUCAGAUAUUGACAGAUUAACACCAUCAAUAUUUGAUUUAAGUACUGUUAAAGAACAUCUCGUUAUAGCAACAGAACAAGCUACAACUGAAUACAGUUCUAAAACGUCAGACGAAACUAUUAUUCAAUACACGACUUUAGGUGCAUCUUUAGACGACAAAAAUACAGAAAGUACUACAGGAAUGCCUGAUAAAACAGAAAUCGGAACAGAAACAGUUUCUAAAGAAAAUACAAAAGACACUUAUAAUAUGUUGACUGACUACCCUAAAGUAGAAUCAACUACUGCCGAUACAAGGGUUUCCUCUGAAAUUGACAAAGAAAGUAACCAAAAUGAAUUUAUCCAUGUUACCGGACGUCCAAUUAUAGACGAAAAAACUACGUAUGAUGAAAUAUUAGAAGAAAAUAUAGCAACUAGUGUACCGCGGUUACCAUCAUCUGUUGCAUAUGAUGAAAGUUCAUCUGAUACCACAGAAUCUGAAAUUUCAUUUACAAAAGAAAUACCCGAUAAAGAUCUUUCAGUGCAACCAAUCUCAGAUGUAACUGGAACACCUGAUUUUAUUUCUGGACAUCUAACAACAGAACAAAGAGAAAACUACCCAAGUACUUUAACCCCUGAGACAGAAGAACAUGAUUCUGUAUCAUCCGAUGUUCCCACAGUAACAGAGGCAGAGGUGAUAGAAGAAGCCACAGAAAUAUUCUACAGUGAAGGAACUACUUUCCAGCCUGAGUCACAUAAACAAUCAGAAACAGAAUUAACAUCACCUUCAGCUAUUGAAGAAAAUCAAACUCAAAAAGCCAUAGACAAGGAUAUACCUGAGCUUUUUACAGAAGUCAGCUUUGCUACAACCACUGAGUUUAAUCAGAAUGAUAGCCAAAAAGAUCAAUCUGAAAUAGAGCAAGAUCUCACAUCAAUUGAUAAGCAAGAAGCUCAAACCAUCAUCCCUGAAAUUAAGUAUACCGAAGUGAUUCAAGACUUUACUACUAAACUUCCUCAAAAUCCAACAGAAGAUAAGAUUUCAGAUAUUAGGAAGGACAUUGAGCAAAACACUGAAACAUUGACUACCAUAGCACCUUUAAUUAUAAACGAAGAAACUACUACAAACACAGAAACUAAUGAAUCUCCGUCUGAAAAACCUGUUGUGGAUAAAGAAAUAACUACAUUAAGAAUAAAUGAACCAUCAGAUUAUACUACAAGCAAGCAAAUAGAAAAUGCGUACACUAAUGAGUUUGAAAAAACAACAGAGUACCUUGUAAAUCUGAGUGGUGAUAAAAUAAACACAACACCAAUCUAUAAUGACAUAUCAGAAGAAACCACUAUAAUUUCAUUACCAAAUAUUUCUGAAAGCGUAAGUGAAUUCGUAACUGAUAUAGCAACAGAAAACUAUCACAUAAAGGAUACACAUACGGUAACUGAACCCUCAAAUGAAUUAGAUAAAACUGGUAAUGAACAAGUUACUGAAUCAUCAAAUGCAUUAGACAAAACUAUUCCAGAGCAAUCGACUGGAUUACCAGAUGAAUUACAGAAAACUGUUACUGAAAAAUCGACUGGAUUACCAAAUGAAUCGGACAACACUAGUACUGAACCAUCGAAGGAAUUAGACAAAACUGGUUCUGAACAAUCCACUGCAUCACCAAAUGAAUCAGACAAAACUGUUACUGAGCAAUCGACUGGAUCACCAAACGAAUUAGACAAAACUGGUUCUGAACAAUCCACUGCAUCACCAAAUGAUUCAGACAAAACUGUUACUGAGCAAUCGACUGGAUUACCAAAUGAAUCAGACAAAAAACUUAAUGAACAAUCGACUGAACCGACAAAUGAGUCAGACAAAACUGUUACCGAACAAGCAACUGGAUCGCCAAUUGAAUCAGAUGAAACUAUUCCUGAGCAAUCGACUGGAUUACCAACUGAAUCAGAUGAAGCUAUUCUUGAGCAAUCGACUGUGUUACCAAAUGAAUCAGAUAAAACUGAUGAGGAACAAUCUACUGAAUCAAACAAAACUGGUACUAUACAAUCGAGUGAACCAUCAAAUGAGUCACAAAAAACUGUUGCUGAACAAUCGACUGGAUCGCCAAAUGAAUCAGACGAAACUGUUACUGAGCAAUCGGCUGCAUUACCAAAUGGAUCAGACACAAUUGAUGAGGAACAAUCUACUGAAUUAGACAAACAUGUUACUGAACCAUCAACUGGACCAUCAAACGAAUCAGACAAAACUGGUUCUGAACUAGCAACUGGAUCACCAAAUGAACCAGACAAAACGGAUAAGGAACAAUCGACUGAAUCAGACAAAACUGGUGCUGAACAAUCGACUGAAUCGUCAAAUGAGUCAGACCAAACUGUUACUGAACAAUCGACUGGAUCACCAAAUGACUCAGAAGAAAGUGUUACUGAACAAUCGUCUGGAUCACCAAAUGAAUCAGAAAAAACUGAUAAGGAACAAACUACAGAUUCAGGCAAAACUGUUACAGAACAAUCGACUGGACCAUCAAACGAAUCAGACAAAACUGGUUAUGAAAAAUCGACUGAAUCACCAAAUGAAUCAGACAAAACUGGUACUGAACAAUCGACUGGAUCACCAAAUGAAUCAGAUAAAAUCUAUAAGGAACAAUCUACUGAAUCAGACAAAACUGCUAUUGAACAAUCGACAGCAUCAUCAAAUGAAGCAGACAAAACUGGUUCUGAACAAUCGACUGGAUCACCAAAUGAAUCAGAUAAAAUCUAUAAGGAACAAUCUACUGAAUCAGACAAAACUGCUACUGAACAAUCGACAGCAUCAUCAAAUGAAUCUGAUAAAACUGGUUCUGAACAAUCGACUGGAUCAUCAAAUGAAUCAGACCAUACUGGUAGUGAACCAGCCACUGAAUCAUCACACGAAUUUGACAAAGCUAGUAAUGAACAAUCUACUGAAUCACCAAAUAUAUUUGACAAAACUGUAACUGAACAAUCGACCAAGUCAUCGAAUGAACUGGUUAACAACGAAAUUGUUCAACCUACUGAAUCGCCAAAUGAAUCUAAGCCAGAAAUCUUCAUAACAGACAAAAUUGAGAAAGAUGAAAUGACUAUUUCAAACACAGAUAAACCUAACACUACAUUAUUAGAUGAACCUGUGGACACAAUGACACCUGAUCAAAGUACCGAAUCUUCUGUAAAUGAUGACCUAGGCCAAUCUCAUGUACUUGAGAUUGAAAAAUUAGCCGUGACCACUCAAACAAACAUUAUUCCAGAGGUUCCAGAGAAAGAGACAACAUUAAAUCCUGAAUCAGAAUUGAGUUCAACGACGUCUCCGAUUGCAAUUGAGUUAGAACAAGAAACGAAAGCAUCUACUGACAGGUCAGAAUCACAAGAAAAUCAAACUUUAUCUCCGAUGUCACUUAUAACAGAAAAACCACAUACAGUAACUGUUACCGAAAAUAUACAGACAAUAGCAGUUACUACUAAGGAGUCAGAACCAACUACUGGCGUGGAAUUUACAACAGUAGGCAAAGAUUUAUUGACUACAAAACAAAAUGCAGAUACUGUCACGCCAUCUAUUGAAUCUACUAGUAGAAUAAAAGAUUCUGAUGUUACAACUGAAUCACCUAAGGAAGAACCAACUAGUAAGGCUAGUCAAUCUUUAGAUGAAUCUGUACUUGGUUCUAUUACUGAGCAACCGGGUACUGAAAUAGAAAUGACUUCUACGCCUAUAACUCAAAAUGAAAAUGAAUCUAAACAAGAACUUCCAGGUAUAGAAGAUGAAAGUUCUCUAAUAAGUACAACAUUAAGUGACAUUUUGAUGGAGAAAGAGCAUCAAGGAGAUGUUUCUACUAAACCAUCAGUACUAUCUGAAACUCACGAUGCAACUGACUAUCCCAUAUUUAUUGAGGAAAAAACAAAACAACCUGAACUAUUUACAACUGAUUUAAUAACAGAAUCAACAAAGAAAUCGGAUCAAAUUACUGAAGAACCACUAUCAAUAUCACCUGAUCCUCAGGAAAUUACUAUGUCUUCCGUAGAUGAACAUACAGUAUCAAAUAGUCAGGAUGGAAUUUCAACAACUGUAAUUGUAGAAAAUGAAUUCGAGAAAUUCACAAAAGCACCAGAAUUGCCCAUAACUCCUAGCGAUGCAGAUACAGUUCAACAAGAAAUUGAUUCAACCAAACAUAGAGAACCAGAAGGCAGUACCGAAACAUCAUACGAAACACACACAAAAACAACAACUGUAAAAGAGGAAAUAUUCAUUCCUACCCAACAUGAUAUAUUAUCUCAAGACAAGACCGAUAAAACAAUCUCGACACAAAGUCUUCAAACUGUUACACCUGAACAAUUCGCAACAAACUCACCGAUCGACAAUACAAAAUUGGAUUCCAUUAGCUCAACAUUAACGGACACGACAGGUAUUAGCACAGAACGUACAUUAGCUGAUAAGAUUGAUGUACAAGAAGCAACCACUGAAUCCAAAUAUGAAUAUUCAGAGACAACGCCAUACUUUGUUGAACUUGAAGAACAUACUCAUCAAAUCAUGCAAGAGACCUCUAUUAUGCCUAUGGAUGAAACAUCAACAGAAAAGGCAUCAAGUAUUGAAUCCACUGAAAGAGGUGACCAAUCUCUUUUUGAUAAUUUAGGUAAUGGGCUAACAGAAAAAUCCACCGAUGUAACGAAAACUCCCCAUGGCUAUAGUCAAGAAACUACACUGAGUAGUAAUGACAUAUACACGACCACCGCGUCUGAAGUAAGCAGUUCUUCAGAAACACAAAAAGAUACAGAACUUAGGGAGCAAGAUAAAUUGGAGCCAACAGACGAAGGAAUUGAAACAACACUUUCACCAACUCAAACGCCUUCUUUGAUUCAAAACGAAGAAAAAGUAACUUCUAUUCCAUUGGUAACGAAGAAACCGACUAUACCUGAUCUAGAAAUCAUAUCAACGACAGAAAAAUCCCAUACUGUUAUGAAUGAAGAAGCUCAAAAACCAGACGUGCUAUUAGAAACAAAGAUACCCGAUGAAUAUACAAAAACAACUACACCUCACUACGUUCAUGAAGAAAUAACGUCUGUUAAAACUACGUUAUUUGAUGAUAAAUUGAUUGAAACUUCAUCUACAACUAGCAAGCCCAUCACAACAAAACCUACUGAUGAUCAAGCUACUGAUGAAAUACCAUCACCUGAAUUCCCACCUAGCGGUGACAGUGGUUACGGCCAAGAACCAGACUAUGGCGAAGAGGAACAAGCAGUAAUACCUGGUAUAUGUCGUUACGGCGGUAAAGUUUAUGGAUCUACACAGCAAAUACCAAGAGACGACCCAUGCGACUUUUGUUUCUGCUUUAGAAGUGAUAUCAUUUGCUUGCAACAGAGUUGUCCCCCACCCAUCCAUGGGUGUCGUGAGGAACCUAUUCAAGGAUUCUGCUGUCCUCGCUAUGAGUGUCCUGUGUCAAUGGCAACGACACUGAACGUUACCACAACGACAACUACUACCACAACAACUCUACCUCCACAUUUUCUUCCCCACGCGUAUAAAGGAGCAGCACAAAGAAGAGGGUGUCACAUUAAAGGUCAUUCGUACAAGGUUGGCGAAGUUGUACGAGCUUCCUCUGGACCUUGUCUUCACUGCACGUGUGGCGGCGAUGGUCAAAUGAAGUGUGACCCAAAGGCGUGCACCCCGGAACCGAUGCUGAGACAGAUGAUAGCAGCCGCGGUGUCCGCCCGACGGAGGUGAAAAUCUGAAUUCGAAGAAAACUACAUGAGUGAUCACAGAGAUUAAAACAUCUUCGUGAUAAGAAAUACUUUUUCAUAAAAAUAUUCUUUGAUGCACAAGAAUAAUGCUCAAAUUUCGCGAUGGAAUAGUUUUAGAAUUUGUGUCAUAUAUUAGUAAUCGAUAUUAUAAUUUUCCAUUAGAGAGUGGCACACUUAAAUAUUAAAAAAAAACGGUGACUGUGAUUAAUGAACUAAAUACCGAAAUCGAAUCUAAUUUUUGUGAGUUAUAAAUAAUUUUUACAAGAUUUAGUGCCAAACGAAUGGUUUAUAAAAAACUAUGCCAUUAUAAUAGGUACUACGUAUAUUCGUCUAAAUUUAUUAUUUCCAUACUUAAUAGUUUUAUAAAACUGACCAAAACGUGGACGUUAAGCGUUUGGUAGCCACAUAUCUUCCCAGAUCCGAUACGAGUCGUGCUGGUACGGCGCAUCAUCCUAGCGACAUCGUUGGUCAGUUUAGAUCGCCGAAAUCUUGACCAUUUUUGAUCGUAAACUAAAUUGAUUUACCGAUAUCACAUUAGUCAAUUCUUUAUUUUUACACGAUGUUACACUUCAAUCUAGUAUCGUGUAAAUGUGAAGUUUCUUUGUUAUUUAAGGAAUUCUGAUGUUGUAAAUGCCUUAAUUUGUAAUAAUUUAUAUAAUAUGUUAGGUGUAUAGUACUUAAGCCAUGUUUAAGACCAGUGAUUUUUUUAAUUUAGAAGUACAGGAGCACGUCUUAUUGACUCGAAAAGUGUCGAUCGAUGUGAUCCUCGCCGGCAACCUCGGCCGAUACUUUUCAUAAUUUCACGAUUUACAGAAAGUGACUUCUAUUAUAACCUUGUUUUCUUUAAUUCGUGGAAGCUCCAAUUUUUACUAGCACUUGUUAAGUGACAGUGGCCAAUACGGAAGGCAUUUGAAUUAUACAAUAAUAUCGUUUUGUAAUCUUAGAUUUUGAUACAAAGUGCUGGUAGACUUUUAAAUAUUUUUACAGAAUUAGAUCAGUACGAAAGUUAUAAGGCUUUUGUAACGCGCAUUAAACGAAUAUGUCAGUUACAUUAAUUCGUACAAAUCUGUUUCUGUGUACGCAGGUUGUAGUUAUAUUAUAUCUUAUUUAUUUAAAGUUAUAGCAAUAGUCAAACCUAUUUGUUUAAAGCGUUACGUUUCAAAAAAUACAACAGUAAUAAAUUUAAUGUCAAUUAUUAUGUAUUAUCUUUGGAUUUAAUCACAAUUUACCGAACUUAAGCUAGAAUUAGCUACCUGUACAACUGUGCAAACUGAGUUUAAAUAAAACAUUCAAAAUCA